UUUUGCAGUGUGGCUCUCGGCCACUUCACUGGCCUCCUGCGUGAGCACACAAUGCAGAGAAGCAGAAGCGUCUGCCUCACACUUUUCCCCCACGUUCAGCACUUUGGCCACAGCCAGUCAAUGGCAUUAAAAGUGACAAACAUCUUUUUGUUUCGUGCUGACAUCAUGGACUUGUUUUUAUUCUUUCUUCUGGUCGUGCAAAUGCACAGCGUGACGCCUGUGAUUCACACGCUGCAGUAUUUCACCACUGCAUCCUCUCAAGUUCCAAACUUCCCAGAGUUUGUGAGUGUUGGUUAUGUUGAUGGAGUUGAGAUUAGUUACUAUGACAGAAACAUCAGGAAAGCAGAAUCCAAACAGGACUGGAUGAACAAAAUCACAGCAGAGGAUCCAAAAUACUGGCAGAGACAAACAGAGAUCAGUGUUGGUAAUGAGUUUACUGCCAAACACAACCUUGAAGUUCGUAAGAAGCUUUUCAACCAAACUGGAGGUGUUCACAUUGUCCAGUGGAUGACAGGAUGUGAAUGGAAUGAUGAGACUGAUGAGGUUACAGGUUGGCGUCAGGAAGGUUAUGAUGGAGAAGAUUUCAUAUCGUUGGACAUGAAGACAUGGACAUUUACUGCAGCAAAACCACAAGCUUUCCCCUCCAAACUCAAGUGGGACCAGAACAUAUUUCUACUAGACUACCUUAAGUAUUAUUACACUGAGGAUUGUCCUUCUUACUUGAAGAAGCAUGUGAACAAUGGGAAGAAGGUCCUAAUGAGAACAGAGCUUCCAGAGGUGUUCCUCCUCCAGAAGACGCCAUCCUCUCCAGUCACCUGCAUGGCGACAGGUUUCUACCCCGACCUCGCCGACCUGUUUUGGAGGAAAGACGGCGAGCAGAUGUUGGAGGACGUGGAGCACGGAGAGCUGCUCCCCAACCACGACGGAACCUUCCAGAUGUCGGUGGAGCUGAAAGUGGAGGUGACGGCCGAGGUGGAGGGCAAGUACGAAUGUGUGUUCCAGCUGUCUGGCGUCAAGGAGGACCUGGUCACCAAGCUGGAGAGAAGAAGCAUCCUGAGCAACGCAAGCCAUGAAGGUGAGAAAGACACAUUUAGUUGGAGAUGUUUCCCAUCACAAGUCCACCUGUCACCAUUAUUGAUCCAUGUCACCAUGACAACGCUUGACGUCUGCAUGCAAAGUAGUCAUGAAGGUUUCCUCUUCAUGCUUUGUCACUCCACUUGUUCUUUUUUGCUCUCCACAGACAACUUGAGCGUCGCCCUCGCUGCCACGGCGGCGGUCGUCGCUGUGGCGGCCGUCCUGGCGGCCAUCAUCAUGGUCAUGGUCAGGCGUCACAGAAACAGACAAGCUCGCCACGGCGGCGUGGAGCUCUCCGAGAGGGUGGCGGCUGAAGGCUGA